ACUUAUCCAAUAAACAGUAGUUUAAGUUUAGCGCCCGAUAUUUGCUCAACUUCAGCUGAAGAAACGAAAUUUCGUAACGAGUAAAAAAAUCUUACGUGUAACAAGUGAAAUAUAUAUAAUUACAGUGAAAAUGUACAAGAUCGUUGCUCUUUUUGUGGCCCUGUGCGGCGUGAGUGCGGCGUACACGAUCCCGAUGAGAAAUGCUAUCAUGUACUACCGUCAGGCGAUGCCCUACAUGGCCCCACAGCAGGCAAUGUACGGAUUCCACUACCAGAACCAGCAACUGCAGAAUCAACGCCGUUCAGCCGGAGUAUCUGCCUUUGCCGCCGGAAACACCAUCGCCACUGGAACGUAUCUGAAGGACUGCCAGAACUCGGAUGUGGAAAGUGCUGAACUGCCGGUUCAGGCCGACCAGAGUGUGCAGUCCGUGGCUGAAGCUUUCCCAGAGGAAGCCUACCCGGCCGAAGCUGAUGCUCCCCAGUAUGACGUUCCGGCGGUUCACGAGAUCGAAGAGCCCCUCGCUGAGGAACCCCAGGCCGCUCCGGUUGCCCCCGUCGUGAUCCCGGACCAGAAGAAGAAGGUCACCGUUCAGCUGGAGUCGGCUGAGGAAGACGAAGAGGAAGUGUUCGUGGGACGUCGCGGUGCCCGUCCUGCCCUGCCCAACACCUACUUCCCGAUCAACUUCGGAAGCACGAACGGAGGAGCCAUCGCAAUCGCCAACUCGUACAGCACCGGCAAGGGAGGAUCGGCGCACAGCACGGCCACCGCCUACGGAAGCCCAGCGGCUGCGGCAUCGGCUGACCUGAAGAAAACUCCGGUGGCUCAGCUCAAGAAGAAGCCCGCCAAGCUGCGUGCCCGGAAGUACUAGACGCUUGUCCAGUGUUCUGCUUUAGCGAUAAGGUUCCGUACCGUCCCACAGUCCCUCCUUAACUUAUUAAGUGUAACUACGGUCAAAUUUUGCCUUCCCUUCACACUCCUUAGGAUAACGCAAUGGCAUAGUGCAAGCUAAUCGAUUAGUUUUGUAGUACAGCGACAAGGGUUCACUAUUUAUUUUGUGAUUUAACAAGGAAAAAUUUCAGAAAAUCGUUCAAAUACAUCGAGUUGUGAACAAAAA